UGCCCGACUCCAUCCCUCGAUAGCUCAAUCAAUCUCCAGCCUGUCUCCGCAGUCUUUCGAAUACCCUCUUGAUCUUCCGCAUCACCGAUUGAUACCCGCAACCGCAAUCUCAGAAGCACCACUUUUCUCUCCCAAGGGUCUCUCUAAUUGCGCAUUGUUCUCCUAUCUGCCGCCUCUCGCUGCUCGCUCGAUUUAUCAAUCAACCCACCCGAGACCAAGCAUCAUCAUUCUGAUCUUCGAAACCGGACCUUCUUGAUCAACCAUCAAAGCUUUCGUCUAUCAGCAUCAAAACAACCACCACCAACACAACCCCACCACCAACCUCCCAAGAUCCCCAAGAUGCAGUUCAUCAUCACGCUCGGCCUGCUCUCCGGCCUCGCCGCCGCCCAGUCCGCCACCACCACCGCGUCCUCCUCCGGAUCGACCGGCCUGCCGGGCCUCAUCAGCCAACUGCCCACCUGCGCCGUCACCUGCCUCAACACCGCCGCCAGCAACAUCGGUUGCGCGACAACAGACUUCACCUGCCUGUGCGACAGCCAGGAACGCCUCAUCGCCUCCCUGACACCCUGCGUACUGACGGCGGGCUGCUCUGCCGAUGACAUUGCCAAGGCCGCGAGGAUCGCACCCCAGAUCUGUUCCGAGGUCGACAACAACCCCGCCGCGUCCGACAUCGCGUCCGCCUCGAACCUCGUCACCGGCGCCCUCGGCACCGCGACCGGCGGCAGCGCCGCCACGGCCACGGCCACCCCCGCCGCCGCCGCCGCGCGGCCCACCAACGGCUACUACGGCAUCCUCGGCGCCGGCGCCGUCGCUCUGGCCGCCAUCGCCUUGUAGAUUGGGCGGCCCUUGCAAGCUUUUUUUCGACUUGACUUUUUUUUCGGACAUUCAAAAACAUAGGGAGGAACCCGGACACUGGCGCAUUGGGGGUGGUUUUGGGCAAGUCUUGGGACGCUUCAGGCACGGGCGCAUGCGUUCUUUCACGUGCGGAUAGAGAGCAUCUUUUAUCAGACUUCUUCGAUGGAAUCGGGCGCGGCCUGGAGGGCACCCCCAGAAGCUUUUCAUCAUGAACAGGCCGACGUCAUGGACGUUGACGCCAACCG